CUGUCUCCCUCCUCCUCCUCCUCUUCUUCUUCUCCAUCACUUCUCUGCAGGAGAAUCAUCCUCCGACCAGACGGACACCUGCCUGCCCGCCUGCCUCUCUCCUCUCUCGGCUCUCUGCCUCGGACCACCGGACCUUCUCUCCGGGACUAUUCUGGCUCUCUCACGCGGCUCAGAGCGCACUGAGAUUCGGCUGGAGGACGGAGGAGGGGUCGGUGUGUGGAGCCUGGACGUAUAGAUAGAUGGAUGGAUGUAUGCAGGGGCUCGUGUCUCACCUUGGGGAGGAGAGUUCAGCCUGCGAUGCCUGACCUCUGACCUCUGACCUCUGACGUCCGACCUCUGACCUCUGACCCCUCUGAGAGACACCUCUGAGGAGGAGAGAUGGAGGGAGGAGGAGAGGAGGAGAGCCGAGCGGAGGAGACUGAAACCUCCUCCAAACUGGGGAGAGCCUCACCGAGAGAAGCAGGUGGGGGUGGGGGGGGUGGCUGCAGACAAAAUGGCCUCAUCAACACCCAUAGGCUGGGGGCGGAGCCUCGGGAGGCGCUGCUGUCAGUGUACUCGGCUCCACAGUAUCAAGGUCACGUGGUGGUGAACGCCCCCCCUCAGCAGGAGCACAGCGGGGGUCCUCCUCAGCUCCUGAACCCCAGCGCUCUCCUCCCCCACCAGGCGGCGUCGGACCCCCGCCUCAGGCCGGCCCCCGGCCUCCUCCUGUGCCCAGAGAGCGUCCUGCGGGCGUGGGGAGAGGCUGGGGGAGGUGACUGCUGCGAGACCACCUUCAUCGAGGGGCUCGGUCCUGAGGCCGCCGCCGCCGCCGCCUCCAGGAAGGAGACGCUGCUGUUUGCUGACGGGAAGUUUCUGGACUUUUCUGGAGAAGACGCAAAGAUUCACACGCUGUCGUACGACAUCGACGACGACGACGAGUUCCAGGAGCUCGAGAGUGAUUACUCCAGUGACUCAGAGAGCGAGGACACCUUCCUGUUGAUGCCUCCCAGAGAUCACCUGGGCCUCAGUGUCUUUUCCAUGCUCUGUUGCUUCUGGCCGCUCGGCAUCGCAGCUUUCUACCUGUCGCACGAGACCAAUAAGGCGGUGUCUAAAGGAGACUUCCACCUGGCCAGCUCCAGCUCGAGGCGGGCUCUCUUCCUGGCUGUGCUGUCAAUCACCAUCGGGACAGGUAUCUAUGUGGGCGUGGCUGUGGCGCUCAUCGCCUACCUCUCCAAGAACCACCACUGGUAGGGAAGGAGAUUACCCAUCAGCCCCUAAUCUCCACCUGGAGUCCGGCCCUUGUCAGGUGAGCGUUUCCUCGGCAGGUCGGCCCACGGUGAGGAGGUGCAGGAGGACAAGACGUCACCCCCUCCUUCUCUGUGGAUGGGUGACUGGAGCGCUGAAGGACUCCUACCUGAAACCUUUAAACCAAUCAGAUCGCAGGAUCUCUGUGAGGAACAGUGGGAGGUUAGGAAAGAAAAGAUGGAGUCGAUUUGUUUUAAAGAACAUUGCUGUGUUUUUUCUCAUUAUUAUUUCCCUCCUUUCUGUUUUUAAUAAAGUGACAGUUAAAAAUGAAAGAUUUUAAAUUGUGGAUUUUAACUUUUAACAGAUGUAUAAAAAAAGCGUUGAUUUUCACUUCAGUUCAUUUAGUUUGAAUUUUUAUUUUCUCAUUUUUAAGCUGCAACAGUUUCAGUGAUCAGACACAAUAUUAAAACAGGAAACUGGUUUCAAUUUGACUGAUCGGUGCAGACAAUGAAUUAAUUAACUGACUGAAAGAAAAUGAAUCUACAACUAAUUUAACCACAGAUUAAUUAAUUAAUUAAUAAAGUCAUUUUGUUUCUGUUUCUCAGGCGUGAAGAUAUUUUGCUUUUCUUUAUCUUCAUCUUCAUCUUCAUCUUCUCCCACAGAACCUGCGUUUUAUAGAAUAUCUUUAUUUAUAUUAUUAUCAUUAUUAUUAUUAUUAUAAUUAUAUUUAUUUCAUUAAUUAUUUAUUAUCUAUAUUUUAUCAAACUCAAUUCAUUAACAGAAAGAGAAUGUGGGAAAUGAUAAUAGAAAAAAAAUUAAACAGGAGGUGAAUUUAAACAAAACAGGAUUCAUCCAGAUGGACCUGGGUCUGGAUCACUGAGUCUGGAUCACUGAGUCUGGAUCACUGAGACUGGAUCAGUGAGUCUGGAUCACUGAGACUGGAUCACUGAGUCUGGAUCAGGGGGUCUGGAUCCCUGAGUCUGGAUCACUGAGUCUGGAUCACUGAGACUGGAUCACUGAGACUGGAUCACUGAGACUAGAUCAGUGAGUCUGGAUCCCUGAGUCUGGAUCCCUGAGACUGGAUCACUGAGACUAGAUCAGUGUAUCUGGAUCCCUGAGUCUGGAUCCCUGAGUCUGGAUCACUGAGACUGGAUCACUGAGACUAGAUCAGUGUAUCUGGAUCCCUGAGUCUGGAUCACUGAGACUGGAUCACUGAGACUAGAUCAGUGUAUCUGGAUCCCUGAGUCUGGAUCACUGAGACUGGAUCACUGAGACUAGAUCAGUGUAUCUGGAUCCCUGAGUCUGGAUCACUGAGACUGGAUCCCUGAGACUAGAUCACUGAGUCUGGAUCACUGAGACUGGAUCACUGAGACUGGAUCACUGAGUCUGGAUCACUGAGUCUGGAUCACUGAGACUGGAUCACUGAGACUGGAUCACUGAGUCUGGAUCACUGAGUCUGGAUCACUGAGACUGGAUCCCUGAGACUAGAUCACUGAGUCUGGAUCACUGAGUCUGGAUCACUGAGUCUGGAUCACUGAGACUGGAUCAGUGAGUCUGGAUCACUGAGACUGGAUCACUGAGUCUGGAUCACUGAGACUGGAUCACUGAGACUGGAUCACUGAGACUAGAUCAGUGAGUCUGGAUCCCUGAGUCUGGAUCCCUGAGACUGGAUCACUGAGACUAGAUCAGUGUAUCUGGAUCCCUGAGUCUGGAUCCCUGAGUCUGGAUCACUGAGACUGGAUCACUGAGACUAGAUCAGUGUAUCUGGAUCCCUGAGUCUGGAUCACUGAGACUGGAUCACUGAGACUAGAUCAGUGUAUCUGGAUCCCUGAGUCUGGAUCACUGAGACUGGAUCACUGAGACUAGAUCAGUGUAUCUGGAUCCCUGAGUCUGGAUCACUGAGACUGGAUCCCUGAGACUAGAUCACUGAGUCUGGAUCACUGAGACUGGAUCACUGAGACUGGAUCACUGAGUCUGGAUCACUGAGUCUGGAUCACUGAGACUGGAUCACUGAGACUGGAUCACUGAGUCUGGAUCACUGAGUCUGGAUCACUGAGACUGGAUCCCUGAGACUGGAUCACUGAGUCUGGAUCACUGAGUCUGGAUCACUGAGACUGGAUCCCUGAGACUGGAUCACUAAGUCUGGAUCCCUGACUCGGGGUCGGUCAGUUAAAGAUAAACUCUUGUUUUCUCUCUGUGGAUUAUUUCUCUGCUAGUUCUGUCGUCUGAUCACAUGAUGCGUCUCAGACCGUUAGAGACACCUGAAGAUCAUCUGUCCUGCUGGUGUCAGAAGAACCGGCCUGUCUCCUGCAGGAUCCUGAUCCUGGUUCAGACUCAGCUUCAGGUCUGAUCAGUAUCACCUUCAGACCCCGAUCAAACAUCUGUUCAAUAAACACUCAAAACCAUCUCUGCCCCCCCCCUGCCACCCGCCCAGGACCACAGGGCGAUGGAAACAAACACACACUCCGCAGGGUGUCAGGUGAUCACCUGAUGUUUGAUCCGGUUCUGACCGAGGCUUAAUGUUUACAUGGUGGAGCUCGGACAGGAAGUGCUCCCGUCUCUCUCACCGACUGCAGUCAUGUUCCCCUGAAUUAGCUUGAUGCUAAGCUAACGUACAGUGGUACCUCGGGUUAUUGUGUCCGGUACUGAUCUAAGGUCAGUGUUUAGUGCAGCAGCAGGAGCAGAGUGAUGAGUUGCUGAGGGGAGACAGGAAGUGUGAACCCUAACCACACACAGCUGAAUGUGAUUGGCUGGUCUGUGAUUGGCCGGUCUGGAAUCAGGGACUCUCUGAUCCUGGACCUUCUUGAGGACGAUCAGACUGACUUCAGAUCAGUUUGGGAAGCGAGAUCUCGGUCCUGAUUUAUUCUUGGCAGCUUCACAUACCAACUCUGGGCUAAAGGGCUGAAUCAUCAUCAGACCUGUUGUUAUGUAGAUUCACACCUGCAGGAUGUGAUGUCAUCCACACCUGUACACCUGCAGAAUGUGCUAAAGCAGGGCUGCAGCUAAUGAUUCUUUCUGAUCAGUUCCUCCUUUAAUUGAUCAGUUGUUUUCAGAGUAAAGUUCUGACGUUUACUCGACCCAAAGAUUCAGUUUCAAACAAGGAAAAAACCUGAGACACUGGAAACAAACUAAUCAAUCAAUUAAUCGACUGAUCGUUUCAGUUCCAGUGUUAAAGGGAAACUUCAUGUUGUUUAACAGCUUCUUCUUAAAGGAACAUCCCAGUUUUCUCUGCUGGAGUCUGAGUCAGAGGACGUGAUUAGCCUAGCUUAGCACAAAGACUGGAAGCAGGGGGAAAGCUUAGCGCCAUCAAAAGACAAGAAAAUCCACACACACACACACACACACACACACACACACACACACACACACACACACACACACACACACACAUACACUUCCUGCCCAGCUGCAAAACAAACAGAGCUGCUCUGUGAUUGGUUGUUUUUUUAACCUUUGAACUUUAAGUGCUCGCUAAUAUAAAUUAAAUGUUGUAUUUCCACUGAAA